CCAAAUGCGGUUGCAGACUAGAGGAGAACUUACACACUUGCUGCUCAUCGGUGACACUGAGUUUCCUCAGUGUUUUAGUGAGUAAUUCAGAAAGCGCGCCAGGAACAAGAAAGAAAAAAAAAAACACUGAUGUAUGACAAUGGACCAAAGAUGUGUGUGUGUGAAAGUAGUCAGUCCCCUGAGGAAGGGUGCUAGGGGAACUUAGGGCAUCGCCUCACACACUUUCAUUUACUCCCCUGAAUGCCACAAUGAACCCAGAUACUCAGUAUGAGGACUCGGUGUCCAUUAUGGUGCUGGAGAACAUCAAAAACAAGCUCCGCCAUGCCUUCAGAACAACAGCCGAGCCAAGAGCGUUUUCUGAAAAUGACAGCGAUCCGAUGAACGUUGGAAGGAGUUUCCAAGCUAAUGAAGAGCUACGCAGAGCCAAGAUAGACGGAGCAAUUACCUGGCUAAGAUCUGAACUGUUGGAAAUGCGCUCACAGGACCGACAGCUCGCUCAGACCCUGCUUGGACUUAACUCUGAAAUCCAGAGACUGAGAAGGGAAAGUGGUCCUCUUUUAUUAGACUCCAGUCUCACGGAGCAGCACUGAGAUCAGCAUGACAAGUGGAAAUAAUAUUCUCUAUAUCUGUUACAUUGGAAGUCUUGGCAUGAGACAUGAGACUUGGUUAAUACCAGAAAUGUUUUUUUUUUCAUAAAUAACUUGUUCACACUGUGUGUUAUAGUCUUAUAGUCUUGUUGCAUGUAGAGCUUGAUUUAUUUUUAAACAAAUGAAUUUGC